AUGGAUGUCGCUUACGGUGUAGAAUCGAGGAAACAGGCAAUUCGCAUAUUAGACAACCAAAAACUUACAUUAAUAACGCAAUAUGAUGAACUGACCCAGGAUGCCACUGAGCAUAGGCUGGUUCUGGAUGCUAUAAAUCAGCUACCAAAGGAUAGGCGAUGUUUUAGAGUUGUAGGAGGGGUGGCAAUUGAAACUACAGUUGAUAAUGUCAAGCCACAAUUAGAAAUGGAGGCAGGAAAGAUUAAAGAUCUACAGAAAGUUGUUGAGAAACAACUGGAAACGAUUAACCAACAGCUACUAAAGGUCAAGGGGGAGGAGAUUCCUAAAAAUUAA